AUGGCGGCGCAGGUAACAUUGAGCUGCGUUUUAUUGCUGGCAGUUGCUGGUUUGCCGGUGUUUGUCAACGCUGAAGGGAUUGACCUCAGUGUUGGCGAUGCGGCCUUUUCCGUGGCGUACUUCAAGAAUUCGUUCAAUCGGUCAGUGAACUCGGUCGUGUCUCCGAUUGCGCUGCGCUUGACCUUCUCGCCGCUGUAUGAGGUCACGGAGCCGGGCACCAGAGAAGCGGUUCGCCGGACGUUCUACCUAGCUCCGGAACCAUCGGAUGUUCGCAGCAACGCGGUGAAAUUCGUGGACGAUGUCGAGCAAAACCAGUACCUCAAUAUGUCCUUCGGGGUGUUCAAGACCGCCGAUGAGCUUAGCCCCGAGUUGGGCGACUCCGUGAGAGCUAUCUUUAAGGUGGAGCCUCAGACGGUGGUGUUCGCUGAUACCAAAUCGGUCGUCGCUAAGGUCAACAAGUGGGCGGAGGAAGCUACUGCCGGUUUGAUACAAAAUUACCUCGCCGAACAAGACAUUGAGGUGAACCAGGAGCUUUUGCUGCUGAAUGCACUCUAUUUGCGAGCAAACUGGGCCCAGAAGUUCCCGCUGGAGCGCACGUCACGCGAAACGUUUGAAUACCUCGACGGUCCGGCUCCGGUGGACUUGAUGAGCGUCACCAUGGAAGUUCUGUACAAAGCGCACGAGAAGUUCCACACCAUCCAAGUGCCGUACAGCGAGGACAGCGAUCUGACCAUGUGGAUCCUGCUGCCUCACCGAGGCGGUACCUUCGACGAGCUGCUCGAUCUGCUGUCGGUGGAGCUGCUCGACGAGCUGGAGGGAUCUUUCGCACCGAGAGAGAUUGACAUUUUCUUACCCAAGUUCACCGUCCGUCACAGCCACAAUCCGCGCGAUGUGCUGGCGAAACUGGGACACGAGUCCAUCUUCGAUGGGAAUAACUUUGGAGCGUUCGCGAGUCACCGGUCGACGCUGGCCGGGCUGAAGCAGAGCACGUUCCUGAAGGUGGACGAAAGCGGCACGGAAGCGGCGGCCGUAACAUCGGUUGGCACGAAGUUCCGCGUGAGAAACACCCAGUUCCGAGCGAAUCAACCUUUCGUUUUCAUCAUCCGCAAGAUAUCGACCGACACGAUCUUGUUCUUCGGACAUUACUCCAAUCGCGAACAAAACUAA